AUGUUGGCGGCGGCCGCUCCGUCGGUAGGGUCUGCUGUUGCUGCUGCCGGUGCGGGUGUUGGUCGUGAAAAAUGUGAUUUACUGAAGCACUUCAACGAACAGUACCGUGGUAUCGAGCGGACGAUUGGCGCCUACCGGCUCGAACACGACCGUAUCCGGGUGACGCUCGAGCAGCUCCUUCAACAGCAGCCCGAGUCGGAGCAGCGCAACGAUUGCGCCCCGGAACCGGAAGCCGGAACCGUUCGCGGCACCCGAUUCGGCGAGUCGGAUUACAAGCGCGUCAGUGACGAGGUGAUCCGAAACCAGCAGAAUCAACUUCGGCUGAUCAAAGAGGAAAAGGACACGCUCGAAAGCCUGUGGAAAAGCUCGCAGCGAACCAUCCGCAUCCUGGAGUUGGAGAUCGGCGAGUAUCGGCGGCAACUGAAACAACCUAAAAGUAUACUAUCCGCACGACACCAGUACGCGGCCGCCGUGCAGUUGCUAGAGCAGAAUCUGGCCCGUGUUCGCGGUGCGUUGGAUGAAAAAAUCACCGAAAAUCGCCACCUACAGCAGGAGACGACGAGCGCCGUCGAGCGGAUUGCGGCGCUCGAGGAGAGUGUGAAAGCGCACCGAGGGGAAGCGGAAGCACUGGCGAAGGUAGUCGACGAGUUGCGGGCGGCUAGUGGGGAGUCUCGGGUCAGCCUCGAGCGGACGAUGCGCGAAAAGGCCGACCUGGAGGCGCUGCUGGACGAGGCCAACGAGCUGGCGAAGCGACACAUGAACAGGGAAUCGCUCGCCCUCACGAAAGUGCAGGAAGCCCUCCAGAUCGCGGACAGUGCCCUCGAGGAGAAGAGCAGCGUACAGCGGCGCGAGCAGGAUGCGCGGGCCGAGUGUGACUUCCUCGCGUCCACCAUCGGCCAAGUGAUGGAGGAAGCGGCCCGCAAGGUGGAGCACGAGCUGGCUGGUCUGCGCGGUGGGUACGAGGCUCGGCUGGCCACCGCCGAGCAGGCGCUCGGUCACGUAAGGGGCCUGCUCGAGGUGCAACAGCAGCGCACGGUGCACGCGGAAACGAGGGCCCGCACGGUGGAGGAGAAGUUUCGGUCGAUGGUGCAGACGAACCAAAAUCUCGACGCCGAUCUUCGGGCGGCCUCGAAGAUGAUUAUCGAAAUGGAGCUAAAAGUGGAAGCACUCCAGAAAACGAUGGCCAAGGAGAAGGAAACCAAUCGGAUCUGCAGCGCCCGGGAGACGGACCUGCAGCGGCUGCUGGCCAACAACGAGCAGCUGAAGGAGCGCUGGAAGCGAGAGAUGCUGACGGUGACGGACGAACUGCAGCGGAAGAUGGAAGCGAUGCGCCGAGAAAAUUGCAAGCUGACGGCAGAAAACAAUCAAUUAAAGGAUCAGCUCCUAAUGGCAUCGUCCUCGGUGGGGUCGCCCUCCGGUGGCGGCGGCGGCGGCGACCACGCUACAGUCGGUGCCUCGGCGGCCGCGACGUAA